GUGCGAGUAUCACCGUUAUACACAGCUGCAAGAAGAGGAAGUCUACAGUGUUGUGAAUUAUUACUGGAUAAAACGUUGAGAGACAGAAAGGCCAAUGUUAAUUUACUCAAUGAGAAUAAUGAGAAUGCAUUGUUUGCAAUUCUCAGAUUUGAUAUCAGUGACAAUGUUUCUCAAGUUGAAAUACAGAAACAAAGAAAUGAGGCAAUGCAAAUUGUUCAGUUACUCUUGGAUGAGAAUAUUCGUAUUGACUGUAUAAAUAAGGAUAAAUCAACACCAUUGAAACUCAUCAAGUCAAAGUUUGGUCUAAGUAAAGACAAAUCUGCAUACUAUAAGCACAUUGAAGAGCUCAUAGUGAAAGCUGAGAAACAACGGGAAUAUCAUGAAUUAAUGAUAGAAGAAGGCAUUUUGCCAGACAUUGGUAAACUGUUUGUGUGUGGUCAUGGUGGUGUUGGUAAGACAACACUUAAAGAUGCAUUACAACGGGAUUGGAUCCAGGCUAAAAUCACUUCUCGAUUCAAAGAGAGAUGUCCCGAUCCUGGUAAAGAUGACUACACACCAACGGCAGGCAUUGAUGUGCAGUCUAUUAAACUGCCAGAUGGCACUAAAUUCAGUGUUUGGGACUAUGCUGGACAGGCUGAGUUUUAUGUGACGCAUACGAUGUUUCUCGAUGCCAGCACUGCUACCUUUAUUGUUGUCUACAAAAUAGCAGAUUACCGAAUGUCAGAGGAGGGAAUAAAAUUCAUGAAACCAAGUGAAAUAUAUGAAGAACAAAAAAAAAAGGUUGAGUAUUGGCUUCGGUUUAUCAGAUCUACAAAUGCUGGUAGAAAGUCUGAAGAUGAAGAUAAAAGACCACAUGUAAUACUAGUUGCUAGUAGAGCUGAUUGGGCCAAGGAAUUUCCAAAUGAAGCCAAGCAAGUUGCUCAGACUAUCCAUGAUGAGGUUCAAGAAACUUUCAAAGAUGAUCUAAAGAUCUUGGAUGAUGUCUUUGUAAUUAACUGUCAUAAUUCACAGUGUUCUGAUAUGGAAAGACUGAGAAAGAUAUUGAAAGAAAGGAAAGCUGCAGUAUUGAAG